AUGACGCCUGCCACCCAGUACCCAUGCGACCCCGAAGGUGUAUGCAUGCGAUGCAAAUCGAUGCCUCCACCGGAGGAAUCUCUCACUUGCGGCACGUGCGUCACGCCUUGGCACGUGUCCUGCCUUUUGUCCCCGCCCGAAACCCUAAGUGCUACUUUACAGUGGCUUUGUCCUGAUUGCUCCGGUGAAACCAAUCCUCUUCCUGUUUCCGGUGUUGCGGCUGGAUAUGGAUCUGUUGGUUCAGAUCUUGUAGCGGCGAUCCACUCGAUUGAGGCGGAUGAAACUCUCUCUGCUGAAGAGAAGGCUAAGAAGAAGCAGCAGUUACUGAGUGGUAAGGGGGUCGUCGAUGAGGAUGACGAAGAAGAGAAGAAGAAGACGAGUAAAGGAAAGAAACCCAUCGAUGUGCUAUCUCACUUCGAGUGUUCUUUCUGCAUGCAGUCGCUACAAAAACCCGUCUCGGUUCGUGUACUCUUUGCUUUGGCUCUUAUGCUUGUGUGGUUUCUCGAAUCUACACCAUGUGGGCACAACGCUUGCUUGAAAUGUUUCUUGAAGUGGAUGGGGCAGGGACACCGCAGUUGUGGAACAUGCCGCAGCGUAAUUCCUGAAAGCAUGGUUACCAAUCCCCGUAUCAACUUGUCCAUUGUGUCUGCUAUUAGGUUAGCAAGAGUAUCCGAAAAGGCUGAUGCGCGUACUUCAAAAGUUGUUCACUAUGUUGACAAUGAAGAUCGUCCAGAUAAAGCAUUUACAACUGAGCGCGCUAAGAAAACAGGGAAUGCAAAUGCUUCCAGUGGCAAGAUUUUUGUUACAAUCCCUCGAGAUCAUUUUGGUCCUAUACCAGCUGAAAAUGAUCCUGUUAGGAACCAAGGUCUUUUGGUUGGAGAAUCCUGGAAGGGCCGACUUGCUUGUCGGCAGUGGGGGGCUCACUUCCCACAUGUUUCCGGCAUUGCUGGACAAGCGAGUUAUGGAGCUCAAUCUGUUGUGCUCGCUGGAGGUUAUGAUGAUGAUGAGGAUCAUGGAGAAUGGUUUCUAUACACAGGAAGUGGGGGAAGAAUUCUCAAAGGCAACAAAAGGACUAACACGGUUCAAGCUUUUGAUCAAGUAUUUCUAAACUUUAAUGAAGCUUUAAGACUUAGUUGUAAACUAGGGUAUCCUGUUCGAGUUGUCAGGUCUACCAAGGACAAGCGUUCUCCAUACGCCCCUCAAGGAGGACUACUAAGGUAUGAUGGUGUUUACCGGAUAGAGAAAUGCUGGAGGAUAGUUGGAAUACAGGGCACUCAUAAGAUGUGCCGUUUCCUGUUUGUUAGAUGUGACAAUGAGCCAGCUCCAUGGACCAGUGAUGAGCAUGGAGAUCGCCCAAGACCUUUGCCUAAUGUUCCUGAGCUUAAUAUGGCCACAGACCUGUUUGAGAGAAAAGAAAGUCCAUCAUGGGAUUUUGAUGAAGGUGAGGAUCGUUGGAGAUGGAUGAAGCCACCACCUGCUAGUAAAAAGGCAGUUAAAAAUGUUUUGGAUCCUGAGGAGAGGAAACUUUUGAGGGAAGCCAUAAAGUCGGCAAACCCGAAUACCAUGAGGGCAAGACUUUUGAAAGAAUUUAAGUGCCAGAUCUGUCAGAAAGUGAUGACUAAUCCUGUGACAACGCCUUGUGCUCAUAACUUCUGCAAGGCUUGUUUGGAAUCGAAGUUUGCUGGGACAGCUCUAGUGAGAGAGAGAGGCAGCGGUGGACGAAAAUUACGUUCACAAAAGAGUGUCAUGAAGUGCCCUUGUUGCCCAACGGACAUUGCCGAGUUUGUCCAGAACCCUCAGGUCAAUAGAGAAGUAGCGGAGGUGAUAGAGAAGCUGAAGAAACAGGAAGAGGAGGAAAACGCAAAGUCUUUAGAUGAAGGUCAAUGCUCAGGUACCAGCCAUGAAGAAGAAGAUGAUGAGCAACCAAAGAAACGGAUUAAGUUGGACACUGACGCAGAAGUUUCUGCGACUGUUGUGGAAUCUGACAUGAAGUAAGUAAGUAGGGGCCUUUCCAAUGGCUCUUUUGGACAAGUAAACUUGGAGACUAUGUUUAUGUUUUGGUACCAAAGACUGGAAAAACUCUCUUACCUUAUUUAGUACGCAACAUUUGUGGAACGUA